GAUUUUGAGUUUAGAUCGGCGGCUGCUUUGCGGAGGGAUCCCCGGUAUUACCCAGAGUGCUCGGCCUCCCCCCGGGGAUACCGCACUAUGGACAGGCCUGUCAGGUGGGUUUAUGGCAGCAGGGAAAGGGUUAAUAAUAACAGCGUUUGGGCUCCCUGACAUCACCAUUAUUGUGUAUGACGUCACCCCUAGUAUUGUUAUAUAUAAUUACAUCACCAUAUAUAUAUAUAUAUAUAUAUAUAUAUAUAGAUAGAUAGAAAGAAUGAGAUCAUAGGCAGGGAUUGCUGCUGGGAUAGAUGUGGCCUGUACUCCUAGUAAUACUGAUCAAGACAUUAACAUGGCUAGAUAUAAAGUGUGAGGAGUUAUAAGUUAGUUUCAGAAUUUGGGCAAAACUAACCAAAUUGAAAACAGCCGACUUUCAGGCUGGCUAUUGUGGCCUAAAGUUGAAAUUCAUGUUAAAGCAGCACUUUAACCCCUUAAGGAUACAUGGCAUGUGUGACAUGUCAUGAUUCCCUUUUAUUCCAGAAGUUUGGUCCUUAAGGGGUUAAAGUCUUUGCAGAAUUUGCAAAGAUCCCUGACGGUGACAUCAGAUGGUGGGGUAGGUAAAGGUGAACUUUACUAACCUGAACCUAACUCUCACUCUCUUCUUUUAGUCAGUGCUCUUCAGUGCCAGGAGCAGACAUCACUGCUGUACUCUCGCUCGAGAGUACAGCAUUGAGGUCUAUGGAGAAAUUAAUGUUGCAGUCAGUGAUGGCUGGGAUGGACUGACAUUUAUAGAUGUCAGUAGCUCCGCCCAGUGUCUAGAAGUUCCAGGUGUAGGAAAUAUAUAGAGACAAGGUAGUCCCAACUUUGUCUCAAUAUAUCUCUUGACUAGUUUGAAAUUUCACUGAAAUUCCAACACAGUCAAAAUGAGUAUUUCAUAAAGAUGAUAUAUUUAUGAAAUACUCGUUUUUUUAAGGGGGUAGGUGACAGUGCUACUUUAAAUUCUUGGUAAUUUCACAAUUGUUGAUUAAAGGAACACUAUAGACACUAAAACAACUUUAGCUUAAUGAAGCAAUUUUGAUGUAUAGAUCAUGCCCCUGCAGUCUCACUGCUCAAUUCUCUACCAUUAAGGAGUUAAAUAAUUUUGUUUAUGCAGCCAUAGUCACACCUCAAUGCAUGUGACUUACACAGCCUUCCUAAACACUUCCUGUAAAGAGAUGUAAUGUUCACACUUCCUGUAUUUGCACCUUCUGUUUAAUGUAACAAUUCUUACUUCCUGCUAAUAGCUUGCUAGACCCUGCAGAAGUCUCCUGUGUGUAAUUAAAGUUUAAUUUACAGAGCAUGAGAUAUAAACUUCUAAAGUACAUAACAUCUGUUUGAAAAUAAAACCAUUUUGUUUUCAUGCAGGCUGUGUCAGUCACAGACAGAGGAGUGUGGCUAGGGCUGCAUGGACAGAAACAAAAGUGAUUUAACUCCUAAAUGGCAGAGACUUGAGCAGUAAAACUUCAAGUGCAUGAUCUAUACACCAAACGGCUUCAUUAAAGGGCCACUAUAGGCACCCAGACCACUUCAGCUUAAUGAAGUGGUCUGGGUGCAAGGUCCAUCUGGGGUUAACCUUUUUUAUAAAUGGGUUAAUAAAUGUUUAUAAAUGGGUUAAUCCAGCCUCCAGUGGCUGUCUCUUGACAGCCGCUAUAGGCGCUUGCGUGCUCCUCACUGUGAAAAUCACAGUGAGAAGACGCCAGCGUCCAUAGGAAAGCAUUGUGAAUGCUUUCCUAUGGACUGGCUGCGCGCGAGGCUCUUGCCGCGUUUCGCCCACUAUAUGUCUCUCUCAAAAAACAAAAAAGGUAUAGUGGGGGAAAUUGUGAUUGAAAACCCCUUCCACUUGAAGUCUGUGGGUAGUUAAUACAAUGUUAAACAAAAAUAUGCACAUCAGUCAAGCUAUAAGACUUGCUUUUCCCACAGAAAUCACAAAUUUGCAGUGAUGUUACUACCGCAAAGGAUUCUGGGUGGGCAUAUGCAAAUUAGUUAAACAAAGAAUCACAUUUUUGCUUCAUUCUCUUUUAAACAUGGAUACCAGCAGUCUUUCUACUAACAACUACUUAUCAUGAGCCGUUUAACUAGUGAGUUAGGGUCUCUAGUCUAGCUAGACUUCUCAGGAUGUUGGAGGGAGGUUUCAUCCUAUUGCAGUGGGAAUAUUAGGCAUUUCUUUUAAGUGGUGCCCUCGAAGGCACAGAUUAAUAGGGCACCUUAGGGUUUUUCCCUUCCCCUGCAGAGAUCCAAGGUAUUUCUUCAGCUUCAUACAGCAUUAUGGGUCACUAUUUUUACCAUAUCAUCGCCUAUUAACCCCUUAAGGACACAGCUUCAGAAGCUUGUCUUACGCUUAAUGACACAAGCAAUUUUUGCAUUUUCUUGCUGUAUGCGUUCAACUGCAAUUUGCAUCUCUCUCGUUUAUUGCACCGACACAUAUUAUAUACUGUUUUUUAAAGGACAUAAAGGGCUUUAAUUUGAUGUAACAUAUAUAUAUAUAAAUGCUUAUUUAUUAUUUAACAAAUACAGAAAAAUGCAAAAAAAAGAAAAAUUUUGUGUUUUUUUGUACAGUUUUUGCAAUAAUAAUGUGUGCCUAAUUAGUGCAGGUUAAAGAAAGUAAUUAAAAAUAAAUUUAUUUAGUUGUUCUGAUUUACAAAAUAUAUAAUGUGUCUGGGAUUUAAAGUUUUUUUUGGUAGUUACAGGUCAUAAAGCACAAGGAGUAAAAUAAACUUUUAAUGUAGAGCGAUUUUAGAAUUUUGUAUGUUUGUCUUGUAAGCUUAAUAGCCAUAAAAGAAAACAAAAUUGCCACACAAAAGUAUAUAUUUAUAUAAAGUAGACAUCACAGGCUAUUGUCCUAAGGUUUUUUUGACACUUUCUAAGUAGCCAUUUCACCGCCAAUCUCUGCUAAAUAUUGGAGUAAAAUUUAGUUUUUUGGAGUUUUUGGCACACAAACUUAUAACAAAGAACUUCCCAUGUAUAUUUUGUAAAGUUGGUGUGUGCUAUUCCUGUACAAAGUUUUAUUUUGUGUUCAGUUACUUCUGCUGAGUACAACGAUACCCCCAUUGUAUGUCUUUGGCACUAUUUCGUGAAGCUACAGUGCCAUAUAGGAGACCUGUCCGUUUCAACAUUUACAGUAGAAUUUUGAGAGGCGGAUUUAAUGGGCCUAUGCUUCAAUUUGGGGUACUAUAGCAGUUUGACUGUUCAAAAAAAACCCACAAAGGCCUACCAUUUAUAAAAGUAGACACUCCAGGGUAUCUCAUAUGGUGCAUAUUGUGCCUUAACAUGCCCCCAUUUUUUCACCAAUAUAUGCCAAAGUAUGUGGUAAAAAAUAAUUUUGGGCAUUUUUUACAUACGGAUUACAUUUUUGCUGGGCAUUUUGUACAUUUCAUAUGUGCCACUAAGUUCAAACCCCCAAAUUAUGCUCAGCUAAGUCUUCUGAGUAAAACAAUAUGCCCAAUGUAUGACCUAGACACUAUUUUGUGAAGUUACACUGCUAUAAAAGAGACGUAACAAGUUAAGGUUUUUAAGUGUGAAUUUUCAUGGAGGGUUUUGAUGCGUCCGUGCCCACUUUGGAGCACUUGAGCAGGCUACAUAUUACAACUACACCAUAAAGGCAUACCAUUUCUUAAAGAACACAUCCCAGGGUAUUUCAAAAGGCAUAUUUUGAACCUUAGCGUGGGAUAAUUUUUCCGCUAGCUUGUACCAAGUGUAAUGGUAAUAAGCGUUUUUUUGCCUUUUUGACACACAAAGUAAAUUUGCGCAGUACAUUUUGCAAAUCUUAUGUGUGCUACGACUGUAUAAUACUUCAUAUGUUGCUCAGCUAUGUCGGCUGAGUACAUCAAUACCCCCGUAUGUACCUUUGCCAGGUAUAUGUGGACAUCGGAGGGGCACAUUUGGGACACAGCCAUUCCAGUUCAUUUCAAACUUUAAAUUUUUACACUGUUCCCAUGUCCCAUUUUAGAGUAUUUUACCAGGCUAUAUAAUCCAAAUACCCCAUAAAGCCAUACCAUUUCUUAAAGAAGACAUCCCGGGGUAAUUCAAAAGGCAUAUUUUGAACCUUAGCGUGGGAUAAUUUUUCCGCUAGCUUGUACCAAGUGUAGUGGUAAUAAGCAUUUUUUCUGCCUUUUUGACACACAAAGUGAGUUUGCGCAGUAUAUUUUGCAAACCUUAUGUGUACUACGACUGUAUACUACUUCAUAUGUUGCUCAGCUAUGUCGGCUGAGUACAUCAAUACCCCCGUAUGUACCUUUGCCAGGUUUAUGUGGACAUUGAAGGGGCACAUUUGAGACACAGCCAUUCCAUUUUUUUUAAACUUUGAAUUUUUACGCUGUGUCCAUGUCCCAUUUUAGAGUAUUUUAAAAGGCUAUAUCAUCCAAUUACACCAUAAAGGCAUAUCAUUUCUUAAAGAAGACAUCCCAGGGUAAUUCAAAAGGCAUAUUUUGAACCUUAGCGUGGGAUAAUAUUUCCGCUAGCUUGUACCAAGUGUAGUGGUAAUGAGCAUUUUUAAAUGUAUUUUUUUACUUUGUAAAACUUUUUUUACUUUGUAAAACCCAUUUUUAAACUUUUUUUUUUACUUAUUAAAUGUUUUACACUAUCUUAACUUUUUUUACACUUUUAAUUUUUUUUCUAAACUUUUCUUUUACCGUUAACCCCUAACUAGCAGUAAGCAGCACUAACCGUAAAUUCCCCAUUUUCCCAUAACUCCCACCCACCCCAGCUAGCAAAAUAUUUAAUUAUAAAAUAUUUAAAUUAAUUAAUUAAAUAAAUGGAACCCCUGAGGGUUAAAAAAAAUAAAUAAAAGUUAAUCCUCAGGGGUUAAAAAAAUUAGAUCACAGUAUAAUACUGUGAUCUGUAUUUUGAUCACUGUAGGCAGUGAUCAGCUGGCAGGGAAGGGGUUAAUUUUUAUUUAGACUGGGUAAAGGGGGUGGUAUUUUUUUUUUUUUUACUUAAACGUUACUAAAACAUUUAAAAAAUUUUUUUUUACCUUUUUAAAGCUUAUUUUAAAACUUUUUUUAACGUUAACCCCUAGUUAGCCUAACACCAAAUUCCCCAAUUCCCCACUAACUUCCACCCAUCCCAGCUAGCUAAAUAUAUAAUUUUUUAAUAUUUAAAUUAAUUAAUAAAAUAAAUUUAACCCCUGAGGGUUAAAAAAAAAAUAAUUAACCCUCAGGGGUUAAAAAAAAAAAAAUCAGAUGACAUUAAAAUGUAUACCCUGCCAAUUGAUCACUGUAGUCAGUGAUCAAUUGGCAGGGAAGGGGUUAAUUUUAUUAAAACAGGGGCAGGGGGGGUGGGAUUUAACUUUAAUUUUUUUUUUUUUUACACAGGGAAGCAGAUCAGCACUGAUCCGUCUCCCUGCACUUCACACAGAACCCGGAAGUGCAGGGAGGCAGAAGGUGAGUAUGUGGAGCACAUGUGCUCGCUCUGACAUGCUGUCAGAGCGAGCACCGGUGCUGGGGAAGCCCGAUCGGGUGCUCCCGGUCUGCCUCUAAUGCAGAGGCAGACCGGAGCACCGUUAACCCCGCGAUCGCGGCGAUCUGGGGUUAACUUAAGAAAAUGACGGAAAUUUUCCGUCAACGGUCCUUAACUGAAGGACAAGGUUGACGGAAAAUUUCCGUCCACGGUCGGGAAGGGGUUAAGCCAUAAUAUUUAUUUAUUUAUAAAAUAUUUUACCAGGAAGGAAUAAUAGAAACCACCUCUCUCCCUCUCCUUGCAGAGAUUCCUUAUAAGAUAAGGAUUCUAGAUAGGGAUCCCUCAUUGACUCUAGCUCAUUUAACUGAGACUUCAUUCUUGUUUUAUUAAUUAGUAGGCAUUGUCUUCAACUACGAGCUAUCACACACAGUUUAGACAAUAAUCCUCACCAUGCAUUUUAUUUCAAUUUGCCGCUAAUCCCAGACAAGUGUUGGACACACUUUGCUGCGACUCCCAGAUACACUGGGUGAUGACUUCUGAGACUUCUUUCAUUUUCUACUAAUUAGUGGGCACUCAUUGUCAUUAGCUACAGCUAUCAUGCACAGUUUAGACAAUAAUCCCCCACUAUUAAUUUUGUUUCAAUUUACUGCUAAUCCCAGACAAGUGCUGGAAACACCUUACUGCGGCCCCCAGAUACAAGUGGGCUCUCUUUAUCCGACUUUUUGUCUUUAACUUGGCAUCCAUGCACAGUUUAGAUAAUAAUCCCUUCUACAAAUUUUGGUAUCAAAUUGCAACAUAUCCCAGACCAAUGUUGGUAAAUACCUGGCUGGGACUCCCAGAUACUACUGGACACUCUGUACCCGACUUAUUGUCUUACAACUACAGCUACCAUGCACAGUUUAGACAAUAUUCCCCUCAUGUAUGUGGGGUACUUUAUGCAAGUCUCAGAUCAAGUGUUGAUUUUAUUCUAUUUGAUUUAUUUUUUGUUUUCCACACUAGUGUUUUUGAGUGUUGACCCUCACCAGUUUUUACAUAUUAGAAAAUUAUCAUUAAAAGUAAAGUUUUAAUAAGGUUGCAUGUUAAGUUCUUUGCUGUACCCUUACUGUUUCCCACAACUAGUAGGGUAUUCCACUCCAUAGGAUCCUGUACCAAUAUCCUUUCUCUUCUGUUCCCCUCACACUUUUAUGCAUAGUAUAAUGUUUCUUGUUAUGGAAUUUGACACUUGAGAUUAUAUGGAAAGCUAGGCUCUAAAUAAUUUAGGGAUUCAUAUGAAAAAUAUCAAAAUGUGUAAAAAUGUAUCUGUCUUCUUUUUUCCUUCAGGGUAAAAAAAACUGUUGAUUAUUCCCUGUUUGGAGAUGUGGAUAAUGAUGGUGAGUAAAAACUAUUAUUCUGCCUUUAAAUCUUUAUUAUUUUUUUUUAAAUAAAAGGAAGAGAGGCGAUGCAGGAAACAAUCAUCAGUACUGUAAUACAAUCAGUGGUAAACAUGUCCCAAAAUGGAAAUAAUACAUUAAUCUAGAAUCAAGACAAUAUCUGCUUUGCAUAGUAUACUCUGGCUGAUAUGUAAAGAGAGGAGUAUGAUUGUGCUCUUCUGACCACUGCAGUAAUCAGUAAGGUUUUGCCUUGGUAGGCAGAGAGUGGCAGCUGACAUUUUGUCAUUCGCUGCCCAUUGCGAGUAAUAAAAUUUUUUUUCCUGCCUGCUUAAAGGGAUACAUUCAAAAGGUUAACAUUAGUAUGAAAUCUGUUGCAAAAUAAACUGAGUUGUUUUAGAUGAAGGAUAAGCUGAGCAGACGAGCCAUUAGAUUAUUUCUGCCACUGGAUUCUAUAUUAAACAUUGCCGGAAUGUCUGUAUUCUAUGAUCGCUUCUUGUGAAAAAUGUGCCUAUCAUACUACGUAUUGUAGUGGUAUGAAGCAAUGUGAAUUUGCCUGUUCCAUUUUUACCUAAUCAUUACAAUGCAUGGCAUUAAGGGGUCUUUCCUUUCUAAUACGCAUUUAACCUAUGUAUGAAUCCUAUAUAGUAAAAAAAAAUUCACCUUAGUCAGGUUAGCAAAUAUGACGAAAAAUUUACUCUAUAACUGCAUAAGAUUGUUGGUGGGCAUUGCAUUGGGGUUGUUCACUAAAUUGUAAAUCCUGAAAAAUUGCCGGGAAUUUUAGAUUUGGGCUUAAAUGAUGUUUUAUUCACCUUUUAUGGUAAAGUGUAGUCUCUUUUGGCUUAAAGUGCACAUUUCCAUAAUCUCCUGUAAAUGUGAAUAAAGAACCUGGAUUUAUGAAAGAUCUGGAAUGUUUUCUGGUGUAACUGUGGCGAGAUAUAUAUAUAUAUAUAUAUAUAUAUAUAUCCCCUUUAACCAUCUUGUGUUUUUUUUUUAUUUAUUUUUUUUAGAUGCACUCACAAUAGUCUAUUUCUCUAUCAUGAAAUGUGUACAAAAUUGCAGAUGCUUACCUCCUAUGUCAUCUUUUCAUAUUUUCUAGACGAAGAUUUUGCCUGCUCCUCUGCACCACCAAAUAAAAAAUCACGGGUGGAAGUAAGGAAGGACAAGAAGGAGAAGUCUGCAAAAAAGCCUCAAAAAGAAAGCACGACAUCACAGCCAAACUCACAAGGAAAAAGGUGAAUCAUUUUCAAAUUCUUUAUUAUUUUGUAAUUAUUUGAAGGAUGUAGAAUGCUGUUCUCCUAUGAACAUUACCUUGCUAUUCCUUCCUAAUAUUGAUUCUACAUUUGCUCACCAAUGGCUGAUUCCCCCACCUCAUACCCCACUGUAUUCUCUCAGCUUUACAUUCUUUCAUAUUUACACUUUACAGGAAUUUGCCCAAUUAUGUAACCUUGAAGGAAAAACUGACGUAAUUAUUUAUUGAAAAUAAAAGAUCACAUGUAUUAUAGCCAUACUGUAUGUAAGUACUUUAAGGGAGUUUUUGGAGGGGCCUGCUUGCCCGCCUCCUGCCAUGUGACUAUGGCCCCUGGGGGUAUUGCCCUUUAACCCCUUAAGGACCAAACUUCUGGAAUAAAAGGGAAUCAUGACAUGUCACACAUGUCAUGUGUUUUUAAGGGGUUAAAGACAUCAUUUGGGCAUAAUGGAUUUUUUUUUUUUUAUUGUGCUGCUACUAGCCCUUUAAGCACAGCGUAUGGACUUCUAUUGGACUGUGUAUGGCCCUUUAAGAACUGUAUGUGGGGAAUAUUGAGACUUUUUGGGACAAUGCCCCUUUAAGACGGUGUCCCCAAACCUUUAAUAUACUGUGUUCCUGGCUUUCUCCCACUUGGUUCAGUAAAUGGGGCUUACUGUCCAAGUAUUACACAGGUGGACCACCCAGAAGAGGAAGCGUGCAGGCAAUUUACCUACCAGACUGAAAGCCUGCUGUAGGUAAAUUGUCGAACGCAGGGGGGCCGCCAUUCGUGCAAACGAACACGUGUUGGCGGCCAUCUUUUUUCAACCGAACGCGGUCAGCGGUGUGUGUAGCCAAAUUCAUGGAACUGAAAUCGGCUACACAGUUCCACGAACACUGCUGUCCCUUACCUUCUCCUACACUGAUUUUUCAGCUGCAGAGACUAAGUCCCGUUUGGCGAUUCGAACACGUGUUCGAAUGGGACUUAGUUAUUUCUUCAGUGUGAAAUUGACCGACCGCACAGCCCAAAUCUAUGGAACUGUUUUGGGCAUGAAAAUGUGCUUGCGGUCGGUCACAAGGGACUUCCUGCUAACUUUGUAACCCCUGGAAGGAAUCACCUGAAUUUUGGAUAUGUGUGUAAUUAAAGUGUGCUGUGUAUUAACAUGUUGUUUUCAUGAAUGUAUAUUUUUAAAGUUACAGUAACUGUGUAAAAACUGUAUUUCUCUGCCUGUGAUAAUUACAUUAACCCAUUGUUUUCAGUAAUUAUAUCACAGACAGAGGAGAGAAUUUUGUGUGUAAUUACUGGGAGUGUCUGAGUGUAUUGUACGUAUUGAUUGGUUGUUCUGUAAAAUCCUGUGGGCGGUACUAUGUUUGUAGAAUGUGCAUAAAAGCAGAGUGUUGGAUUAAAGCUUCAGUUCUACUUCACCCUCAAUUUGGAGUGCCGUCUCUUAUUGGGGGAAUCUGCUACAAGGGAUUGCUAUGCUAGUCAUACUCUCAUGCUAAAUCACUACUAAGCUCUUGUAAGAGCUUGUUCCUGUCUUGCUCUCUGAAGGAGUCUACGGUAGUUAUGGUGUCGACUGGAGUGCUUGAAGCCCUCAGGAAGCGCUAGGAGCAUCCUUCAACGGAGGUACCCAGUCGAUAGUAUUUUUUUUUUUUUUUUUAAAGUGCCUAGUUUAAACAGACAUGCUUGCAUUAACAAUUCAGAUGAUUAUAGAUCACAGUGAAAGAUAGUAAUGAUUACAUGAAAAGUCAAGAAUACUGCACUUGGGGGGGGGAGAACACUAUAGGACAGGGGGGGGAAAGAAACCUAUGGGGCGGGGAAGAACACUAUAGGACAGGAAAAGGGGGAAGAACACUAUGGGACAGGGAAGGGAAGAACACUAUGGGACAGGAAGGGGAAAGAACACUAUGGACAGGAAGGGGGGGACAGGGAAGGGGAACACUAUGGGACAGGGAAGGGGAGAACACUGGGACAGGGAAGGAGGGAAGAACACUAUUGGACAAGGAAGGGGGGGAAAGAACACUAUGGGACAGGGAAGGGGGGAAGAAUACUAUGGGAAGGGGAUGGGAGGGAAGAACACUGGGACUGGGGAUGGGAGGGAAGAACACUGGGACUGGGGAUGGGAGGGAAGAACACUGGGACUGGGGAUGGGAGGGAAGAACACUGGGACUGGGGAUGGGAGGGAAGAACACUGGGACUGGGGAUGGUGGGAAAGAACACUGGGGGCGGGUUGGGGAAAGGACACUAUGGGACAGGAGGGAGGAACACUAUGGGACAGGAGGGGAGAAAAGAACACUAUGGGAGGAGAAAAAGAGAACACUAUGGGACAGGGAGGAAAGAACACUAUGGGACAGGGAGAAAGAACACAUGGACCAUAGGACAGGGAGGGGGAAAGAACACUAUGGGACAGGGAAGGGGAAAGAACACUAUGGGACAGGAAGGGGAGAACACUGGGACAGGGAAGGAGGGAAGAACACUAUUGGACAAGGAAGGGGGGAAGAAUACUAUGGGAAGGGGAUGGGAGGGAAGAACACUGGGACUGGGGAUGGGAGGGAAGAACACUGGGACUGGGGAUGGGAGGGAAGAACACUGGGACUGGGGAUGGGAGGGAAGAACACUGGGACUGGGGAUGGUGGGAAAGAACACUGGGACGGGUUGGGGGAAAGGACACUAUGGGACAGGAGGGGGGAGAAAAGAACACUAUGGGACAGGAGGGGGAGAAAAGAACACUAUGGGAUGGGGGAGAAAAGAACACUGGGACAGGGGAGGGGGGAAAGAACACUAUGGGACAGGGGAGGGGGGAAAGAACAUUAUGGAACAGGGGAGGGGGGAGAAAAUAACACUAUGGGACAGUGGAUGGGGGACACUAUGGGACAGGGGAGGGGAGAGGAACAUUAUGGGGGGGAGGGGGACCACCAAAAGAGAAGGGAAGUUUUUCAAAUUAGAUUAAUUAAAUUCAUUAAAACGUCUAAUAUUAAUAAAAUUAUAGGAAAAAAAUUUUUUUAAAUCAUUUGGGGGGCGAGGGGGGAGAGUCAUUUCUGGUUUCGGUUUUCGAAACCAGAAAUGACAUCCUGAAUUUUCGGUUUCGUUUUGGGCCAGAAUUUUAAUUCGGUGCAUCCCUACUUUGGAUGGAAGCACAGCUUAUCUGACCAAAAGUUGUGCAGGUAAUCAAACGUGUUGCAUCUCCUCUUUUGGAAACUGGUUUAUGACGUGAACUUUUCCUCUGAAGAGUGCUUUCAUGCAUACACCAUGAAGAAAGGUCCGAUAUGCAGGGAGACAAACAAAGGGUCAGGACAAACAAGCAUGUAGAUAUAUACUUAUAGGGCACCUGUCAUCUGUUUUCUCUUCACUAUUCUGAUACUUAAGUAAUAUAGUUUUGAUGAUAACUUAUGUUGGUGAUUGAUUGUUAAUGUAUGCACACAUUCUUCACUAAUCUUUCAAUGGCCUUAAAAUUGUGAUUAAGUUGCUCUAUCUUUUUCUGUGAUUAAUUUGCAUCUUUUUUUGCAUUAGACUACCUUUAGAUGAUAAGCUUUACCAUAGAGAUUUAGAAGUUGCAUUGGCACUUUCUGUACAAGAAAAAUCCUUGGUGGAAACUUCUGAUGAUCAAUUCAGCAAAGGUAAUAUGCACAUGUUACUUUAUACAUUUAGGUGUGCCUUUAAUAUUCAGUGACAUUUUUGAGUGAAAUAACUGGUGUUUUUCUGCUCAACACUGAAUUAUAGUGGAUUCAAUGGUGAAUUGCUAAUUUUGGUUGGUUUUCAGUAUAGUGCAAUCCAGUGUUUGUUUGUACAAGUUUAAAUAUAUUUUAAAUAAGUACUUGCUUAUUUGUGCUACUUAAGCAAAUGUUUCUAAAGGAGUCCAGAGGGGUCUCUACGUCCGUGUUGAAUCAUUCGAAAACAGUUUAACAAUUGAAGGUAAUGAGUUACUAUGAUUAUCACUCAAACUAGGAACUGGCAUAUUUCAGCUAAUCUAUAGCCUCCAUUUUUCUGUUGAAAAGUCUGAAAUGUACUGUUUUGAAAAAAAUAUUGACACUAACUUGUGGUAAAACACCCAUCCCACAUAUAGCAUAGUUGAAGGACUGUUUCCAUAUCAUGUUGUGUUCUUUUAGAUUGCUUCACCCUUUCAUGGCUCAUCAGCAUCUUGCUCACUUGCUUUAUGGUUGAACAUUUCUCAUGAGGAUUACUGUAUUACUGCAUUUUAUUUAUUUUGUCUUGUAAAUGAAUAAGUUACUGCUUGAAGACACAGUAUUUUCUAUAUUAUUCUUUUUUGUGUGAUGGGUAGUUAACAGUAAUUUUUUGUGAAUUUGUACUGUUUUUGAACAGUUUACCACUGAAUGAGAGUAUCUGCAAUCCGGCCCAUCUUCUCAUCUCAGGUUGAUGUUUCUGCAUUAGGAAGAACAGUGAUGGGUGGCAGUGAUAAGCAUAGAGCGUCACCUGAGCAAUCUCAGGCUAUCACUGCUGCUCAUCGCUGGAAUGAGUUGGCAUGGCUAAGACAGAGCUAUUUUGCCAUACCACCAGUGGAGGGUCAGAUCCACUGGACCCUUAUUAAGUGAGUAAGUCUAAGAGUGGUUUAACACUGAACUGGUGAAUGGCACUAAGGGACUCCAGACACUAUAGCCACUUCAAUGAAAUAAAGUUAUUAUAGUGCUUAGGUUAAUUUAAGCAUUUUGUUUUAGAAAUGUAGCUGCUAUAGCUUUUUAAUGUGAUUGUGCAUUUUGUAUGUUUAUGAAUCUUUUUUAAAUUAAUAUGUACUAUUUGUUCAUAUCUUUCAGGGUAUCCAACACUUCCUGAUGGCAGUACCAGGAGUGCUGAUGUGUCUUUUUCAAACUGCAGUGUAGACAGCAGUACUUUAGGUAAUAUGUAUUUUCCUUCCUACAUGCUGGAACCAUUUCAUUUGCACAGUCAGAAAAUUAACUCAUUACAUAAACUUCAACCUUUGCUCUAAAGCAAUAUUGCUUAUUGAGUAUGUCUUAUUAUAGUAAGAGACAGUUGAUUAUAUAAGCAGGAAUUUUGAGCUUUUUAAAACAAUAUACAAUUUUUAGUGUGUAAUCUGCUAUAACUUUAAUUAGCAUAAAAUGAAAGUUAUGCAUAAAAUGAAAGAAUUUGUAAAGAGCAUUUUUCAUAAUUUCCAUAAUUUUUUUUUUGUUUUGUCAGCCUUAAAUGGGUAUUAACUCUCCAUUGUUCUCUUUUUCUUGGCACCCAAUGGUACGUGGAAGGUGACCCAUUGUUCAUGUCACAAGUAUAAUAUAUUAGCCAAGUUACAUGUUGGUAUUCGAGUCUUCACAAACCUUUAUCAGAAAUUGCUAACUUAGUACAGAGACUUAAAACCUUUUUAACUGCCUCUCUUUGUAAAUGUGCACCUAGAUUCUAGUUAUAGUAAACACAGGUCACAAAAUUCAAGCCAUAGACUUAAGUGUUCAGGUACUCACUGCCAUAAAGCUGUGAUCAAUCUCAUUUUAUUAGGGUACACCCUCUGUCUGGCUACUUGAAGGAUGUUUUUUUUUUAUAUGAACCUUACAGAUACAGUGACUGAACAUACAUAUUUUACCAGAAGAAAUACUUAUGCAAGUAAGCACUAAUGUUGACAUGUGCCAAGGUUGGCCACUAGUGAUCAAUACAGUAAAUUCACAUACUGAUGUUUUCUCCCCACAGGUCUAGAUGAGGUCACAUGUAGUAAUGAAGAUCAGGCUGAUGGUAGAAGCCGCAGGCAGGCUGCAUCCAAGGCCAUUGCUGAACAGAGGAAGCUCCUGGCAGAUGAUAGUGAUAAUGAGGAUGCCGGGGAUGAGUUUAAGCCUGACUUAGCCACUUGUAAGUUUGAUUUGAUUUUUAGCACUGUUCACUGCAUCACUUCUUUCUUAUAUGACAGGUCAAAGGCAACUAAAGGGAUAAUCUAAGGACCAUAAUCACUAUGGCUAAUAUUUUCAAACAGUUUGACAAAAACAGGGAACAAAGAGCCCAUCCCUUAUACCUCUGAUAUCUUAAUGAGGAAUUAUCAUUUCCCUAUUAUCCUUAGAACAUUUUACAUAACGGAUGCAUGCAUUGCUAUUUAAUAUUAGGCUGUGAACACUGGACUAUAGCAUGUUUUGCUAAAUUGACGCAGCACUUUCUACAAUGCCAAUUCAUUUUACAGAGUCUGUAGCACGCAUGAAUACAACAAUAUGCAUAUUUUACAAUAUUAAAUAUGAUUUGACUUCUGUGAGAUAAUUAUGUAACUACCAUCACUCAUGCUAUAUGGCAUUCUGAGAGAUUGCUGGUGACCUGCUCAAGUCUGUCUGGUACUUUUUCCUCCCUGUUUUGAGACAACCAUUUCUUGUAUCUGCUUUUUUGAAUUUUACAUUGUUAAUCCUGACCAUGCUAAGGAUCAAUAGUUCAUCUUCUUGCUCAAUUUUUCUUACCUUCCACACAUAUUCAGCAAGUCUGGCAGUUAGUUAUUGUUAUUAGUGUUUUUUCUAUAACAUUCUUUCACCAAUGGUAUAUAUUGGGAUUUGUAUUCUUCUUAAUUCUUCAGGAUUGGGACAAACCUAAUUUUAUUAUAAAAUUUCUGACCUUUCAUUACCCCUCAAGGGGUUAAGAUGUGUGCACAGUCUUAAUGGCAAUUGGUGUAUUUUCUGGUGCUCUGAUUUACUAAUCACUUUUAUUUUGUCUGUUAUUCUGCUUUUCAGAUAGUAGUUCAGAGAGUGACUCAAACCUCAGCGAGGAGGAUGAAGAGUUUGACAUUAAGAUGUCUAGUAAGUUAAAAGCAAACAAAGAGACUAAACAAAAGUGUGCAAAGAAAAGUCCAAAAGACAGGAAGCUUGUCCCCAAGCCAAGAGCUGCUGGUAAGAAGAAUGUUUUGGUAUGAAAUAUAAAUAUCCACUUUUUUUUUUUAUAUAUAUAUAAGUAGCAGUAACAUGGCUUCAAUAUAUAUUUCCACUUUAUAGUUAGUUCAACUUCACCUCCUGUGUCCGUUAAAAUAAAGUCACUGCCAGCGCAGAGAACUGCGUUCUCCUCACCUACUCCUGUGAAACCGACACAACAUCACAGCUCUCCUCCGGUCGGGGUUAAGAAACAAAAAUGGACACCUCCAGGUAAAAUCACUACUUGUCUUCAAAAUGCUGAGAUCUGCCAUGUUUGUACUGUCCGUAUGCAUAGUACAAUUCCCAUGAUACUCAUUCAGCUUUUUACCUCUGGCUUCUCACUUGGAAUCAGUUUACGGGGUAAUGAUGAUGAUUAUAAUCUGCAAUAAUCAUAGAGAAUGGGUAUUGGUUGCACAUGUUUCUGUUUUGUGUGCAAAAGAAUACGUUGCUUUUAAGAAAUUACAUACUGUUUACUUACAAAGUGCUUCAAAUGUAUCAAGAUCUCUUAAAAGAUCAUUGAUAAUGUGAUUUUGCUUGAUAAUAUUGACUAAAAAUCAGCUUUUUUACAGAAUGCUGUAUACAGUGGCUGUGAGUGUGGUAGCUGGUUAUAUGGAUUUUACAAAACUACUAAUAAUAAAAUGCUACAGUCUAUUAAGAUUCACUGUUUGCCUCUGAUUAGAGUUAUGUGUUUAUAUUAUUUUUGCAGCUGCUUAUACUUCUUCAGCCCUCUUCUAGUCAUUGACUGCAUUAUUCUACAUUAUAUGAAUUCUUUUUUUUAUUUUAUUUUUUAUUUAGCAGCUUCAGUUCAGGGAAACGGUGUUAAAAACUCACUGGAAGGAGUAAGUGUCCGAUCACCUAACCAAGGACUGCGACUUGGCCUAUCAAGAUUUGCAAGAGUCAAACCGUUACAUCCAACAAUUGUCAAUAAUUGAGUUUGGAUGUUGAUGAUUGCGGCAUACAUGAUUUAAGAAAAAGGAAAAGUACAUUUUGUGUUUAUAAAUCACUUCACAAACAAUUUGGAUUUGAGCAUUGCUUGUAUCAAACCUUUCUUGAGACACAAGUGUCCUUUUUUUAUAUAUCCAUAAAUCCCCCCAAAACAAAACACAGUAGAAAAGACUAGAAAAAUGCCUGAUAAACAUUCGUCAAGAUUUCUAUGAAAUAAACACCAAUUGACGUUUUAAUGUCUGAAUUAGUAUGGCAAGGACACUAAACUUUGUUUGCGGAGAAACUCCUGAAGUGAAAUAUUUGCAUUAGCUUUUUCAGUGAAAGAAUUUCAUUUUAAUACUGUCUACCUUUUUAAAAUGUGUUUAAUGGAUAUCCUCUAUUAUUCUGAAUGUGUUCUGUUGUAGACUGAUACGCAUAGCCAGAUACUGACAACAAUAAAUAACAUGACCAGCUAUGCAAUGUGAAUUAAGAGGUUACCCCUGUUCUUAUUCCUGAGUUUAGGCAUUUUUAGCCUAUAAUAUUCCUGCUAUAUUUGCUGAAUUCUUUGUUAUAUUUUAAGCAUUCCCUUUUCAUCAUAAUCUGUUCCAUAAUCUUGUUGCUAUACAGUAGCAAGAAACAUUUAUUUUUUUUUACACAAAUUUUAAAGUUGUUUGUCACAUCAUUAAACCAUUUAUUAUGUGUGCUUAUUAAAGUAAAUGAUUUAUGUAAAUGAGCACCAUGCAUAUUUGUGUACGAAAAGUCAAUUUCUCAAAUAAUAAUAAUAAUACACAUUUAAUUUAAUCUAAUUCAUCUUGUUGAAAUUUGUUAUGUGUCUGGAGUCUAUCAUACUUGUGACAGUUUUUUAAAAGUACCAGUUUUAAUAGAAGUCCGCACUAUUGGUAAAAGCAUUUUAAUUGCUGUCAAUCAGACUGCCAGGGAGGUUUUAUUCUGCUCCUAUUAGCUUCACAGAGCUAACAGAAGCAGCAGGUGUGCUAGGCUAGGCUAGGUGUGCUAGGCUAGCACACUCCUGCCUUUCCACCUUUAUGAUGAGCUGUAUUACAGCUAAUUGGGUAGCACAGGGAAGUUGCGAUCACAUGUAUUUGUGACUCUAGGCCAGAGACUUCUCAAUGUGAAAACUUUGAUUAGUGUGUACCUCUGCAUAAACUAAAAAGCUGUGUCUGUAAAAAGCAGGCAGGACUUGCUUAAUCAGGUCUGCAGCUUUUGCAAGCUGUUUUAUCAUACACAGAAAAAUACACGUAUCUACUAAAUUGUUAAAAAUAAAUAUUCAAUGGAGAUUUCCUUUUAAGCAUACAGUCACAUGGACCCUCUACAGAUAUUAGCCAAUGCUUAUCAGAUAGAAAUAUUCCUACAAGUAAAAAAAGAGUUGUAUCUCUGGAUAGAAUCAACUAGAAUGGGUGCUGCCCACGAAGGCAUUCCAACAACAUCUGACCGGCAUCAAACACAUUCCUCCAUUAAGAUAACAUAGACUGUACUACCAAAUGGCCUUUUAGAAUAUUAAAUCUUUAUUCAUUUAAUCUAUGUCAGGUAGGUUAGCUAGUUGGGAAACUGAAUAGUUCAGUUUUUCUGAAGCUGUGUUGAUUCAGCCAGUGUUGUUGUUUUUUUUCUUUUGGUACUGCAUCCUCUUUCAAUAAUACUUGGGACAGAAAGAUUUUCAGUCCUCAGUAUAUCACCUCAUCAUACAAGUAUGUGUCCAGUACAGGAAUGUACAUAGUUUUGUAUAGCACUUAAAGUUUAUAGCAUGAACCAACUUUUCUAUCAAAAAAAGGAAAUCAAUUGGAAAGUGUUCAGAUGAGAAUUCGAGAAACAAAUGCAUUUUCCAUUCCAAAUGCUCUUUAUUUAAAUGUUAGCACCUUCUCCUAAUUAUCUACAAUUAUAUGUACAAGGCAUUGAAUGAAAUUUCAACACUGCUAUGUUCAGAGCUGUAAAACCUCUAAAAUGUUGCUGUCAUUUGCCAUUUUAAAGUAUUUAAGAAUUAUUAAUCUUUUUUCAAUUGUUUCAGUUGUGUGUGUGUGUGUGUAUGUAUAUGUAUUUAUUUCUGUCAAUGUGAUUCUUUUACUAAUAUUUGUAAAUUAAUUUGUAGCUGUUUUUGUAUCUACAAAUGUCAUGUAUUUUCAUUUUUGUAGACUCAUUUUAAUAAAAAUAAAUAACGCUG